AUGAGGAUCGUUGAAAUCAUUAUUGACGGCUUCAAGUCGUAUGCCGUGCGAACGGUAAUUACAGGAUGGGACGAAUCCUUCAACUCGAUCACCGGUCUGAACGGUAGUGGGAAAUCCAACAUUCUCGAUGCCAUAUGCUUCGUCCUCGGUAUCACCAACAUGAGCACAGUCCGCGCACAAAACUUGCAGGACCUUAUCUACAAGCGCGGACAGGCCGGAGUCACAAAGGCGAGUGUUACGAUAGUCUUCGACAACCGCGACACGGCCAAGUCGCCCAUUGGAUUCGAAGAGUACGGAAGCAUUUCCGUUACGCGACAGAUUGUGCUGGGCGGCACCAGCAAAUAUCUUAUCAACGGUCACCGCGCGCAACAACAAACAGUGCAGAACCUCUUCCAGAGUGUAGGGCUGAACAUCAACAAUCCGAACUUUUUGAUUAUGCAAGGACGGAUCACCAAAGUGCUGAAUAUGAAGGCUGUUGAAAUAUUGUCCAUGAUCGAAGAAGCCGCUGGUACGCGGAUGUUUGAGGACAGGAAAGAGAAGGCAGCCAAGACAAUGGCCAAGAAGGAAAUGAAAGUUCGCGAAAUCGAAGGGCUUUUGAGCGAAGAAAUUGAGCCCAAGCUAGAGAAGUUGCGAGGUGAAAAACGUGCUUUCCUCGAUUUCCAGCAGACACAGAACGAUGUUGAGCGUCUCACGCGCUUGGUGGUAGCCCACGAUUAUCUUAAGGGCAAAGAUCGGUUACACGCCGCUGGGGAAGAUUACGAAGCGAAAAAGGCCAAGACGCAGAAUCUCGAAGACAAUGCCACGCGGCUCAAGAGCGAAAUCGCGCAUCUGGAAGAGGACGUUAAACGCGUCAAGGCUGUGCGCGAAAAGGAGCUUCGGAAAGGAGGGAAAUUCCAAGCACUGGAAAGAGAUGUCAAGGAACACUCUCACGAAAUGGUCCGACUAGCCACUGUCAUUGACCUGAAGAAUUCCAGCAUGGCAGAGGAAAAGGAAAAGCGAAAAGCCAGUCAGAAGAAUGUCGCCGACCUUGAAAAGCUACUCCAAGACAAGAAGAAGGUCUACGAUAAGCUCCAAGAGCAAUACGAUGCCGCGAAAACAGAGCUCGACGCUCAAACUGCAGAGGUUGAGAGGAAAGAAGAGUUACUUCAGACUCUGCAAACUGGUGUCGCAUCCAAGGAAGGCCAGGAGAAUGGUUAUCAGGGACAGCUUCAAGACGCUCGAAACCGCGUCAGCUCUUCUGCGACGGAACAAGAGCAAGCCAAACUCAAGAUCAGCCAUCUUGAGAAGCGAAUCAAAGAGGAGGAGCCUCGUGCGAAGAAGGCCAAGGAGCAAAAUUCCGGCCUCUUGAAAGACUUGGAAUCGUUGAGGGCACGAGCGGCAAAAUUAGAGACUGAUAUGGUCAAACAAGGGUAUGAGCCAGGCAAGGAAGAGCAGAUGUACCAAGAACAAACGACUCUGCAACGCGACAUUCGCGAGCUUCGGGAGAAGGCCGAUAGUCUAAACAGGAGAGUAGCAAACCUUGACUUUUCUUACUCCGAUCCUUAUUCCGGCUUCGAUCGAUCAAAGGUCAAGGGCCUCGUGGCUCAAUUAUUUACCCUCGACAAAGACAGAACCGAAGCAGGUACCGCACUUGAGAUCUGUGCUGGUGGGCGUCUCUACAACGUUGUCGUUGACAAUGCAGAGACUGGCUCACAGCUGCUUCAAAAUGGAAGACUGCGCAAACGUGUUACCAUUAUUCCCUUGAACAAGAUCUCGGCAUUCAAGGCAUCCGCCGACAAGAUCUCUGCUGCACAGAGACUAGCGCCUGGAAAGGUCGACUUAGCUCUGUCAUUGAUCGGAUAUGAUGACGAGGUGUCCGCCGCCAUGGAUUAUGUUUUUGGCUCAACGCUCGUCUCCCAUGAUGCGCAGACCGCGAAAACCGUUACUUUUGAUCCUAGCGUUCGCUUGAAGAGUGUAACUCUGGAUGGCGACGUUUAUGACCCCUCUGGAACGCUUUCCGGAGGCAGCUCACCGAACUCCAGCGGUGUUCUUGUUGUUCUCCAGAAGCUUCACGAGAUCACAAGGGAAAUGAAGAGCAAGGAGCGUCAAUUAACUAACUUGCAAGAGACUAUGGCAAAGGAGAAGAAGAAGUUGGAUGCGAUGCGUGCGAUCAAGCAAGAGCUGGACUUGAAGAACCAUGAGAUUAAGCUUACCGAAGACCAAAUCAAUAGCAACAGCUCGUCAUCGAUCAUUCAUGCCGUUGAGGAGAUGAAUGAAACCAUCAACCAGUUGAAAAACGACAUUGCUGAUGCCAGAACCCGGCACUCCGAGGCACUCAAGGAUAUCAAGAGGAUCGAGAAGGAUAUGAAAGAAUUCGACAGCAACAAAGAUAGCAAACUUGCCGAGCUACAAUCCUCUCUCAACAGCUUGAAAAAGGGUCUCAAUAAAAACUCCAUUGCCGUCAAGACAUCUCAAAAAGAAAUGCAAGCUUCAAGACUUGAAGCAGAGCAGGCUGGAAGCGAUCUUUCAGCUGCAGAGGAGCAGUUGGCCGAAGCUGAUGUCGCCAUGAAGGCUCAGGAUGAGGAGAUGGAGGCUCUGAAGAAGGAACAGGCAAAUAUCAAGGACGCCCAUGAUAUCGCUCAAGCCCAACUAGAGGAAGAACAAGCCAAAUUGACCGGGUUCGAUGACGAGCUUAGCGACCUCGAGGAGGCCAUUCGGUCAAAGAAUGCGCGUAUUACCGAAGAAGCGCUUGAGGUACAGAAACUCGGACAUCAACUUGAGAAGCUUCAUAAAGACCAGCAAGCUGCUGCUCAGAUGGUGGCGAGUAUGGAAGGCGAGCAUGAAUGGAUCGAUGAGGAAAAAGACAGUUUCGGCCGUCCAAAUACGCCAUACGACUUUAGGGGCCAGAAUAUUGCAGAAUGCCGGUCAACGCUGCGUAAUCUGACCGAGCGAUUCCAGGGAAUGAAGAAAAAGAUCAACCCCAAGGUUAUGAACAUGAUUGACAGCGUCGAGAAGAAAGAGGUUGCGCUCAAGAAUAUGAUGAGGACUGUUAUCCGAGACAAGGGUAAGAUUGAAGAAACCAUCAUCAAUCUCAACGAGUACAAGAAGGAGGCCCUGCACAAGACGUGGACCAAAGUCAACGGCGACUUUGGUCAGAUCUUCGCAGAGCUCUUGCCAGGUAGUUUUGCCAAGUUGGAUCCUCCAGAGGGCAAGGAAAUCACCGACGGACUGGAGGUCAAGGUUUCUCUUGGUAAAGUCUGGAAGCAGAGUCUCACAGAGUUGAGUGGUGGCCAACGGUCGCUUAUUGCCCUUUCAUUGAUCAUGGCGCUUUUGCAGUUCAAGCCAGCACCAAUGUACAUUCUCGACGAGGUCGACGCCGCUCUCGACUUGUCGCACACGCAAAACAUCGGUCGCUUGAUCAAGACUCGGUUCAAGGGAUCUCAGUUCAUUGUUGUGUCGCUCAAGGAUGGCAUGUUCCAGAAUGCCAACCGCAUUUUCAAGACGCGUUUCAGCGAAGGCACCAGUGUGGUUCAAGCACUGACGCCGGCGGACACGAAGUAA